AUGAAUGGUGACAUCCCGUCAAUUCGCUUUUCUGAACGGCUGUUGCUUUCAGCUAAUAAGACCAAGGCUUUAACUGUGGUGGCUAAGCUUUUAGGUCGCCGAGUGAAUGUCAUUGCCCUUCAAAACAGGUUGCUUGCUCUGUGGAAACCAAAAGGUGGGAUGAAGUGCGUUGACAUUGAGAACGAUUAUUUUGAAAUCAGCUUUGUUAAUCCGACAGAUUUUUCGAAAGUGCUUGCAGAGGGUCCAUGGAUCGUUUUUGGACAUAACCUCACGAUCCAACCAUGGUCUCUUGCGUUUGAUCCCUCUAACCCUUAUCCGAGUUCCAUUGUGUCAUGGAUUCGAAUCCCCAACCUCCCCAGUUCUCUCUACCAUAAGCCUAUUCUCGAGCAAGUGGGUUCCAUGAUCGGCAAAGUCAUUAAAAUUGAUGAACGUACCCUUCUUGCCACAAGAGGUCGUUUUGCUUGGUUGGCUGUCACGGUGGAUCUCACGAAACCCUUGAUUACCAGGAUUUUAGUGAACGAGAAGCUUAAGGUCAUUGAAUAUGAGGCUCUCCCGAUCGUGUGCUUCCACUGUGGCGUUUAUGGUCACACUAAGGAUAAUUGCCCUAAGCUUAUCCCUCGGAAAAGGCAACAAUCUGGAAAUGGUAAGAAUGGAUCUGGUGGCGGGAAACGUGGAAAUUCCUCCAACGGCUCUCGAUUCAAUCCCCUCGCUAAAAAUCAGGAAAGCUCAUCUGGUCUUGCUGAUUCAAAGGAGAAUGACAAUAGAAAAGAAAUUAAAAGAGCCAAAGAUGGUGCCAAAAAUCCUGGUGAUAUGAAAGGAAAGAAAGAAGGCGUUGGAAAUAACAAAGGAAAGGAGGCGGUGGAAGAAAUUGUUAACCCUUUCUCUGGAAUUGAUUUAAAUGCCUUUCCAAUUAAUAAUGGGCCAUUUGUUGGACAAGCUGUGGAUGGUCCCCCUGGUUUUGUUAAUAACGGGCAUAAGGGCCGCACCGGAAAAAACAAUAUUCUGCCUAUUGCUUCUAGUUCGAAAGGAAGGGGGCCUACAACGCCAUCUAAUGGGGCCACAUCUACUGGGGUUAUCAUUAAGAAUGGAUCAGGCCUUGUGACUAGCAAGGGGGGUAGGUCCAGUCGUAGAAGAAAUCGGCCCAAACAGAUCAAUCUGGAUCCAGCUAAGCAUACCAUUGUUAAUUUGGAACCAAACAAAAGCCAAGUGAAUAAUGUCCAAGUUGUGGCUUCUGUAUCGCACACACAUGUUCAUCCAAAUUUUCCUAGCAAUUUCGAUCAAAAUCAUGGUAAUAAUGGUAUCGAUUUUUUAAUUCCUGUAACUGAUGCAGUUAAUGCGAUGGUGCAGGGCUUUAGCAUGGCCAUGGAGUCAGAUGAUGCUGCCAAGGAGAGUAACGGUUGUGGUCAUCCUCGAUUCGAUAAACACAUCAAAGAGUAUUCAUCUGAGUACAAUCCGGAUAUUGUAGCCUUACUUGAAACUCGUAUUAGUAGUAAUAAUGCCAAUGUUGUGAUCUCUAAACUUAAUUUCAACAGAUCUCAUAGGAUUGAAGCCCGUGGUUUUGCAGGUGGUAUAUGGAUUUGUUGGAAUGAUGCUGUACAACUCGAGGUGCUACAAAACCAUUUCCAAUUUGUACACUGUCGAGUAAAAAAGGGCCCUGUGGCAGAUUGGGCAUAUAUUUCUUUUGUUUAUGGAAGCCCACAAAGAGGCUCGAGGAAAUUUUUAUGGGAAGAAUUGAGUAAAAUUUCUCGUAAUUUAUCUAAUCCUUGGCUUCUUGCAGGUGAUUUUAAUGCUAUUCUUUGCAGAGAUGAGAAGAAAGGAAGCGCUUCACCUAACCUCGGGGGUGAAUCGGACUUUCAAAACUUUAUUUUUAAUGCGGGUCUUCGGGAUAUGGGAUUCAAGGGUCCUAAAUUUACGUGGUCAAGGGGAAACCUAUUCCAACGUCUGGAUCGGGCCCUUUGUAACUCUGCAUGGGAUCUUGCCUUCUCUCGAGCUACUGUCUACCACUUACACCAGCUUAAAUCGGAUCAUAGACCACUUCUAAUAUCUGUUGGCAAGAAUAAUAGACGUAACAGUGCUCGGCCGUUUCAUUUUUUUUCAGGUUGGCUCUCCCAUGAGGGGUUUGGGCAGCUAGUUCGUGACAAUUGGCAGACAGUUCAGAGUGCACCGGAGGCUGUUGAAGCUAUGAGGGAAAAAGCUAUUAUUUGGAAUAAGUCCACUUUCGGCAUUCUUGCUAGUCGAAAACGACAAAUCAUAGGCCGGCUUAAGGGGAUUCAGAAGGCGCUUGAAACUCAUAGAACCACCAACCUUAUUACCACUGAGAUUGAUCUUCGCGUGGAGCUUGAGGAGAUCUUGGACUAUGAGGAGUUGCUAUGGAAAUUGAAAUCGAGGGAUGAUUGGAUCUCUCUAGGCGAUCACAAUACCAAGUAUUACCAUAAUAAGACCCUUGCUCGGCGAAAGCUCAAUAGGAUUGAAGGGUUAAAGAUUGAUGGGGUUAAUUGA